AUGCAAGGACGCAGACGACUCGCUCAUCGCACUCCCUCUCUGCUGGCCGCGGGCAGUGCGAAACGGACACCAAUAUGUAAACGGAGUCAUCAGCCAUUCCACACCGUGCGCUUGACCAAGGACGCGUUAACGGAAGCCCUCGCCCACGUCGGGCCUGUAUCCACCGAGGUCUCCCUUCUGCACCACCACACAGCACCCCCAAUCCCGAAGUCGCGACUCCAUAACAGUGCCAGCCGGGACAGGAUGGGUAACAUCGAUCUGUGGCCCGGGGACGACCCUUGCGGAGCGGUCUUUCAGAUCACGCCCCGUAGCGUAGCCUCUCUGGCUACACUCGGUUUUGUGCCCUCGGCCUUGGAGGUGACACGGUCGGAGCGGGAGAUCACCCUCGCGACUACCCUCGCGUACGGCGGCGCGGACGAUGCUCUUCGGGAUGGAGAACACCAGGAGACUAUACGGCUGUGUAUCGCGCUCACGCAGCCGAAGUCCGAACAUCUCUGGUUCCUGACUCUCUGGGACACAGAGAUCCGCGUCUCCGUAACGCCAGUGAACGUGAGCCAAGUGCAGUCUCGCGACGAAGUGCUCCCUGCCCCAACUGCUACAGCAUCUACCUACACCGAGUUCGACUCACAGCCCCAGAGCGGCCCCGGCAUGGUUCGACUCUUGCGAGUGGUCAUGGAGCGCCCGAGGGAGAGCUUCGCGAUCAACGACACCAAGAACGUCUGGCUGUCCAUCGAGCUCUCGGAGAAGUACCGAAGUACGCGUCAGAUGGCGCUGAGAGCGUCAAACCGCUCCCCGAUGGAACCACCUGCUGACAACACCGGACUCCCCGUGCUGAUCGCUUCCGCGCCCGGGCCUGCUACCGUGCAUCCACUGAUGCAAGCAAAGUCGCCUAUAUCUUCCGUGCGCUCGUCAGAACAUCACGCCUACUCGCGUUCGGCGCCAUCCGACGGUACCCAUGCGUGCGCCCGGAUUUCACCCACCGGGAGCUCGCUCGCUGGGAGUUCGUCCACCGAUAGCUCCCCCACUGAGACGCUCGUCGAGUCGAUAAUCAGUACCAAGCGGCCACGACAAGUGGGCGUUGACGAGGACGCGCUUCAAGACGGCCGCGCGAAGAGAGCCAACACCGCUGUACCUCGAACGGACCUGCUCGAGAGCAACCAGCCGACGACGGGUUCCCUAAAUAUUGACCUUUUGCUACCAGGAGUUACAGGGGUGCAACAAGUGACGGGGGGGUCUCUGGCUAUUGUAGAGCUCCGAGCGUCCUACUUCUUCCGUAUCGUGCACAGACAUCCCAAAACAACCUCUGCGCGGCACGAACUCGCUCCUCAGCUGCGCCGCAUACAACAGCGGGUCCAGUCCACAAGCACAGCAUCGCACAUCGCCGCGCGCCACGCCCUCGCCUCAUUCCGCCGUGUGAGCCCCCCCGCCCUCGUUUGA